AUGGCCUUGAUCAAGAAGGUACCAAAGACCCUUCUCCUCAGCCUCGCCUACCUGCUAUGUGUUGCUACCCGUUGCCAUGCCACCUCGCUUAGCUUCAGCUACAACUUCUCCACUCCCGGCGCCCUCACCAGCCCCGACCUCAAGUACAUGUCCAACGCCACAGCCGCCGGCGAUCGGGUUGACCUGACGAAGAACACCAAGUGGAGCACGGGGCGGGUGGCGUACGGGCGCCCCGUGCAGCUCUGGGACGACACCGGCAAGGUCGCCAGCUUCACCUCCAACUUCACCUUCGUCAUCAAGUCGCUCAACAGCAGCGCUCAGGGCGACGGCGUGGCGUUCUUCGUCGGGGCGUACCCCCCGGACCUCCCGCCGGAUUCCGACGGCGGCCUCCUCGGGCUCUUCGACGAGCCCUUCAACCCGGUCAACACCAACUCGCCGGCUACCGUCGCGGUGGAGUUCGACGCGUACAAGAACGAGUGGGACCCCAAGAACACCACGAGCCACGUCGGGGUGGACGUCAACAGCAUCUCGUCGGUGGCGUACGCGGCGCUGCCGGACGGGUGCUUCAACGGGACCAUGUCGGCGUGGGUCAGGUACGAUGCCAACGCGAGCACGCUCUCCGUGACCCUCCGGUUCGACGACCGGCCGGGGCUGGGCGUCUACAACGUCAGUGCCUGCGUCGACCUCAGGGCGGAAGAGCUGCCGCAGCAAGCGGGGGUGGGGUUCUCGGCGACCACCGGGGAUCGUGCCGAGAGACAUCAGAUCCUUUCUUGGUCGUUCGAGUCCACUCUCACCAACGUUGCCGUCAUCAAGAAGACCGCAUCAAAGAGUACAAAGACAACACACAUACGCCUAAUUGCCGGGUUCGUAUCCGCUGGGGUCGGCAUGCUGCUCAUCAUAGCGGCAUGUCUCUGCUACCAGAAAAGAAAGGGCACUCAAGCGUCACCACGAGACAUGGACGAUGAGUUCAAUAUGGGGACAGGGCCUCGGAGGUUCACCUACAGACAACUAUGGCUGGCGACACGGCGAUUCUCCGACGACGGCAAGCUCGGGGAGGGCGGAUUCGGCUCAGUCUACCGUGGGUUCCUGCCGGAUCUGGGGCUCCAUGUGGCCAUCAAGAGGGUCUCCAAGACGUCCAAGCAGGGGAGGAGGGAGUACAUCUCUGAGGUGACCAUCAUCAGCCGCCUCAGGCAUCGCAACCUUGUGCAGCUCGUCGGGUGGUGCCACGAGGGCGACGACCUCCUGCUCGUCUACGAGCUCAUGACCAACGGCAGCCUGGACACCCAUCUCUACAGCGCAACAAACGUCCUGACGUGGCCAACCAGGUACAACAUCAUUCUCGGCUUGGGCUCGGCUCUCCUGUACCUUCACCAGGAGUGGGAGCAGUGCGUGGUGCACCGGGACAUCAAGCCCAGCAACGUGAUGCUGGACUCGUCGUUCAACGCGAAGCUGGGUGACUUUGGCCUCGCACGCCUCGUCAGCCACACCCGCGACGCGCACACCACCAUGGUCGCCGGCACCAGGGGCUACAUAGACCCCGAGUGUGCCGUCACCUGCCGGGCCACCACCAGGUCCGACGUCUACAGCUUCGGCGUCCUCCUCCUCGAGAUCGCCUGCGGCCGGAAGCCCGUCGUCCCCGAGGAGGACGAGAGCAAGGUGCUGCUCGUGCGGUGGGUCUGGGAGCUGUACGGGAGAGGCGAGCUCCUCGACGCGGCGGACGUGCGGCUGCUCGACGGCGGCGAGGCCGGGGCGCUGGAAUGGGAGCUGGAGCGCACGCUGGUCGUGGGGCUCUGGUGCGUGCACCCGGACUCCGCGUCCCGGCCGUCCAUCCGCCAGGCCAUGAGCGUGCUCCAGUUCGAGGCGCCGCUGCCGGAGCUCCCGCCUGAGAUGCCCGUGGCGACGUACGGGCCGCCUGUGCCUGCUGGCGGGGGUUACCAGCCGACCAACACCGCGUCCACGUCCGGGACCGGGAGUGCCAGCAGCAGAGGGCACUCGUCGGCUAGUGCACGGGGGGAGCUGCAUGGGUAUUUCUAGGAAUAUUCAACUUUUUUUCCAAACAAUCAAAUACAUAUCAAAGUAUGUACAUAUGUAUAGCUUAUGUGGUCUAAAUUUUCUGCUUUCUGAGUUA